ACGUCUCACGUCAGACGACAGUCUGACUGACACUUCAUUAUUUACAAAUUACAAGCACACAGUUUUUGUCUUGUAUUCAUUAAUUUCUAAGUUCUAGCAGCGAAAUGAUACAUAUUUCAUGAAUUUUCAUUUAUUGUAAUCUUUUUUACAUUUUACGCUUUGAACUCCAAAGAAAGAUAUGGCGGGAGAAGUCGUUGUUGAUGCUUUACCCUACAUUGACCAGGGUUAUGAUGAUCCGGGAGUUAGGGAAGCGGCCCUGGCAAUGGUGGAGGAGGAGUGUCGAAGAUACAGACCUACAAAGAACUAUCUUGAAAAUGCAGGCCCCGAACCAAGCACAGCGUUCGAAACACCGGCUCUGCAGAGAGAAAUGGAACGUGUGCAGCAGAGAUUACCCAUGGAGCCUUUGUCAAUGAAAAGAUAUGAACUGCCACCACCUCCAGCAGGGAGACUCGGAGAACCUGCCGCAUGGACAGAGGCAGUGGACAACUCUCACGCGCAGCUUUCCCACCAGGCCAUCAGGGUGCUGAAUUUGGAGUUGCAGCUCCAAUACAGUUCAGAGGCUUGGCGGUCAUACCUCAAUGUACUGCAAGCACUUGUUGAGCGAUCACAGAAUGUGCAUACGCAGUUGAGGAAACAAAUAGCUGCAGUGAACUGGGAGCGCAAACGCUCGCAGACCGCCAGCGGCGCGAGGUUACGGGCGCUUCGUCGCCGCUGGGCACAGCUUGUGUCAGACAACUAUAGGCUUGAGAGAGCUAUCAUGCAGCUUGAGAUACAGUUGGAGAAGGCAAAGGGUCAAGCCACAAGUGAUAAUGAGGCACCAGAUAUGGACAUGGAAGCCAUGAAGAAUUUACCUGACAAACUUAAUUCUGAAACGGAGAAAGAAGUGCAGAAGAAAAUUGAAGACAUGUUUGCUGAUUAAUUAUUUAGCUCUCAUUAUUUGCUAUAAGUUAAAUAGGAUUUAAUUAAAUACAUUUGUGAAUAA